GUCGUGUUGAAAAAAAAUAGAAGCUGAACGAGGAGAAAGCGCCGAAAUGGAGGCCGGCGUAGGUGGCUAAACACGAGAAGUGACAAACCGAUACAUUUUCAAUAAACUUUGAGGCGCUUAUGAUUCUCAAAAAGAGUAUAUCUGAGAAGAAUCUAGUUAUCCAUAGCUAGAUAACUCUGCAUUGGAUAUUGUUGGUUUAAAGGAGCAGCAGAUUGACCAUGGCGACGGACACCAGCUCCCCGCCACGGUUCUUCCACAUGCCGCGGUUCCAGCACCAGGCACCACGGCAGCUCUUCUACAAGCGCCCCGACUUCGCCCAGCAGCAGGCCAUGCAGCAGCUCACCUUCGACGGCAAGCGCAUGCGUAAGGCUGUCAACCGCAAGACCAUCGACUACAACCCCUCGGUCAUUAGACACCUGGAGAAUCGUUUGUGGCAGCGAGACCACAGAGAUUUCCGUGCCAUCCAACCAGAUGCAGGAUGCUACAAUGAUCUGGUUCCUCCUGUGGGCAUCUUGAGUAACCCCAUGAAUGCAGUUACCACAAAGUUUGUCCGAACUUCCACGAACAAAGUGAAGUGCCCUGUCUUUGUCAUAAGGUGGACUCCUGAGGGGAGGCGUCUUGUCACAGGAGCCUCCAGUGGGGAGUUCACCUUGUGGAACGGACUCACCUUCAACUUUGAGACCAUCUUACAGGCCCAUGACAGCCCUGUGCGGGCCAUGACCUGGUCUCACAAUGACAUGUGGAUGCUGACGGCUGACCAUGGCGGCUACGUCAAGUACUGGCAGUCCAACAUGAACAACGUCAAGAUGUUCCAGGCUCACAAGGAGGCGAUUAGAGAGGCCAGUUUCUCACCUACGGAUAAUAAAUUUGCCACUUGCUCUGAUGACGGAACCGUACGCAUCUGGGACUUUCUACGCUGUCACGAGGAGAGAAUUCUCAGAGGUCAUGGAGCUGACGUGAAGUGUGUGGACUGGCAUCCCACUAAAGGCCUGGUGGUUUCAGGGAGCAAAGAUAGCCAGCAGCCAAUAAAAUUCUGGGAUCCCAAGACCGGACAGAGUUUGGCCACACUUCACGCCCAUAAGAACACGGUGAUGGAGGUGAAAUGGAACCUGAACGGUAACUGGCUGCUGACAGCGUCCCGCGACCACCUGUGUAAGCUCUUUGACAUCCGCAACCUCAAGGAGGAGCUACAGGUGUUCCGGGGCCACAAGAAAGAGGCCACAGCUGUAGCGUGGCACCCUGUCCACGAAGGCCUGUUCGCCAGCGGAGGCUCGGAUGGUUCCCUCCUCUUCUGGAACGUAGGUGUGGAGAAGGAGGUGGGCGGAAUGGAGAUGGCCCAUGAGGGCAUGAUCUGGAGCCUGGCGUGGCACCCGCUCGGGCACAUCCUCUGCUCGGGAUCCAACGACCACACCAGUAAAUUCUGGACGAGGAAUCGGCCAGGGGACAAGAUGAGGGACAGAUACAAUCUGAAUUUGUUACCUGGGAUGUCAGAGGAUGGAGUGGAAUACGAUGACAUGGAGCCAAACAGCUUAGCUGCCAUUCCUGGUAUGGGGAUCCCCGAUCAGCUCAAAGCUGCCAUGGAACAAGAGGCAAGCGAUAAAGAGACUGCAGCCGAAGAGGAGAUGAGCAUCCCAGGUCUGGAUUGGGGGAUUGAGGAGAUUUUACAGAAAGACCAGAAGAAGGUGCCACAGAAGAAGGUCCCCUACGCCAAACCCAUCCCUGCCCAAUUCCAACAGGCCUGGGCGGACAAUAAGGUGCCUCUCGUGCCACCGGGAGGAGAGAAGAAAGAAAGGAUGGAUGAGAAGAAAAUGGAUGGGAAGACAAACACCAACCCGAUGAUGCUAGAGCAAAUGAAGAUGGACCGUAUGAAUCAGAUGGACGGGAACAUGCCUCCCCCAGGAGGUCCACAAGGACCCAUGCCACCUUUCCCUGGCCAGGGAGGAACCAUGCCCCCACCUCCUCAGGGCUUCCCCCAGUCCAUGCCCCCUCAGCAGAUGCCCCACAACAUGGGGCCCCCCAUGGGCCCUGGCGUCAUGCAGGCUCCGUUCAUGCGUCCGGGCCAGAUGGGCCCCCCUCCAGGGUCCCAGCACCACCAGGGGCCUCCUCAGGGCAUGAUGGGUCCCCCUGACCUCCAUGGGCCCCAAGGCAUGCAGAGGCACCCCGGCCCCCACAGAAACAUGGGCCCCCAGGGGCCUCACGGCAUGCCUCCCGGACCCAGAGGGAUGCAGGGCCCCCCCGGAAACAUGCAAGGCCCCCCACCGGGAGGAAUGAUGGGGCCCCCUCCUCGAGGCCAGGGGCCUCCACCACAGGGGGGCAUGAUGCCCCCUCAGGGGAAUAUGAUGGGCCCACAGGGACCCAUGCAGGGCGGGGUGGGAAUGGGGCCUCCCAUGCAGAACCCUCCCAGGACACACGGCAACAUGCCAGGCAUGGGGGGCAUGCAUGGGAUGGGCAACAUGCAGGGGCCACCCCCAGGUGGGAUGCACGGGCCCCCACCGGGUAACAUGCAAGGACCCCCCGGGAACAUGCAGGGACCUCCUGGAAACAUGCAAGGACCCCCAGGCAAUAUGCAGGGCCCACCAGGCAACAUGCAGGGGCCUCCAUCCUACAUGCAGCACCAGGUGGGACAAAACACUGGCCCCAUGAUGCAUGGGAUGGGACAGCAAGGACCCAAUGGCAAAGGAGAUACCCGAGGGCCCCCCAACCACCACAUGGGUCCUCCACCUGGGGGCCAGGGGCAGGGCGGCCCUGGGGGCCCUGACCAGGGCUCUGGUUCUUACUGGGGAGACUCUCAGCAGGGGCGCCGAUCCAACGACUUCAAUGAAGGUGGCCAGGACUUCCACGGACGGGGAGAGGAGAGCUGGAGGAGAGGGUCCAGCCAGGAAUACCAGGGAGGCCACAGAGGAGGGGGCAAGGGGGAGGGGGGGGAAUGGGGGAAACUGGGGCUCUUCUGAGGAAAGAUUCCCCGUGAUGGGGGAGAGUUCCGAGGCCGCAGGGACGACAGGUACAGAGGGGUUGGACAGGGUCGCCCUGGGGGGAGGGGGUUCCCUGAUGAGUUUGGUGGGCAGGAAGAGAACUUUGACACCUCAAAUGAGAUGGCCGGAGGUUGGGACAACGGAGGGAGGGGGAGACCCCCCCGA